UAAAGCCCGUGAUUCAGGCAAGCCUAGAAAGAUUAUUUUCUGUGUUUCUGAAAACAGACACAUAGAAAUUACAGCAUGGGAAGAAAGUUACUGUACCUUCUGAUUGUGGGGCUCUUUGUAUCAUAUUAUAUUUACACACCUCUCCCAGAUAAUAUUGAGGAGCCCUGGAAACUAACAUUGAUCAGCACAUCAAUGAAAGCUUUUCUACACUUGGCUUCAUUUGCUGAGUUUCUGGGACUUCGUCAUUUUGCUGAUCUAAUGAUGCUAACUGUGGCCAUUGAAGAAGUCCCACCAACUUCAGAUGAAAAUGUCACUGUGACUGAGACAAAAUUCGAUAAUGUUCCUGUCCGUGUGUAUGUACCAAAGAGGAAAUUGGAUGCACAAAGAAGGGCUGUGUUCUUUAUCCAUGGUGGUGGCUGGUGUAGCGGAAGUGCUGCUUUACCUAAUUACGACCUGCUCUCAAGAUGGACUGCAGAGAGACUUGAUGCCGUUGUCAUAUCAACUAACUACAGAUUAGCACCUAAAUAUCAUUUCCCAAUCCAAUUUGAAGAUGUAUACAAUGCUUUAAGAUGGUUCUUACGCAAAACUGUUCUUGAAAAUUAUGGUGUAGACCCUGAGAGAAUCUGUGUUUCUGGAGACAGUGCAGGAGGGAAUUUAGCUGCAGCAGUGACUCAGCAGCUCUUAGGUGAUCCAGAAGUCAAGACUAAAGUCAAGAUCCAGGCUUUAAUUUAUCCUGCACUUCAACCUCUUGAUUUACACUUACCAUCAUACCAAGAAAAUUCACAUAUGCCGAUUCUGUCUAAGUCAAUCAUGGUCAGGCUCUGGAGUGAAUACUUUACCACAGACAGGGCACUCGAGAAAGCCAUGCUUUCCAAUCAGCAUGUACCUGAGGAAUCAAGUCAUCUCUUCAAGUCUGUUAACUGGAGCUCCUUGCUUCCUGAGAGGUUUAGAAAAGGACAUGUUUAUACCAACCCAACUUAUGGUAGUUCUGAAUUAUCUCAAAAAUAUCCUGGGUUCCUGGAUGUCAGGGCAGCUCCUCUGUUGGCAGAUGACAACAGGUUGCGUGGUUUACCCCUGACCUAUGUCCUCACUUGUCAGUAUGAUGUCUUAAGAGAUGAUGGACUCAUGUAUGUCACCAGGCUUCGGAAUGCUGGAGUUCAAGUGACCCAUAACCAUGUUGAGGAUGGCUUCCACGGAGCAGCUUCCUUUCUGCAACUCAAAAUUAGCCAUAGAACGAUGAAUCAGUAUAUUAGUUGGCUAAAGAAAAAUUUAUAGCAAAAUGUGUAUUCUUGAUGUGUUUUUAAAAUACACUAAAUAUGAAUGCAUCAUAAAAUCCAUAUGGAAUAAAAUUGGUGUGGUUUGGAGAGAUCUA